AUGCAAAGUCUGGGUUUAGGUGCUGUAGAAGAUUUUGAUUUUAUUGAGCCGCCAGACCAUCGUUUGGUCAAUGAUGGGCGUAAGUUACUGAUUGAAUUAGGUGCUAUCCAUGAAGUGCAAAAUUCAAAUAAUCUCCCUCAAGCGGUUGCACAAAGUGAAAGUGAGGUUUCCCAACAGGGAGUAGUAGAUGGUGCUAAAGCAAAAAAACUUGCUCAACCUGCUACUAAAAAAGCCGAACUUCAAAACAACAGUUUAACCAAAAUCGGUCUACAAAUGGCAAAAAUGCCAAUAGACCCACGCCUUGCACGGAUGAUUCUCGGUGGUGCUCAUUUUGGGGUGCUGAAUGAAGUUUUGAUUAUUGUUGCGGCGCUUGCAGUACAAGAUCCACGCGAGCGUCCUGCUGAUAAGCAAAUGCAGGCGGAUCAAAAACAUGCAUUAUUUAAAGAAGCGGAUUCAGAUUUUCUAUUUUAUAUUAAACUGUGGAAUACACUGACUGAAAAUCGUGAAACUUUGAGUGAAAGCAAAAGACGUAAUUUUGCUAAACAGCAUUUUCUUAGCUGGUUACGUUUACGUGAGUGGAAGAAAACGCAUGAACAAUUACUGGAUUUAGCACAGGGCUUAAAACUUUCAUUCAAUGAAAAGACAGCCAGUUAUGAAAAUUUACAUCGUGCUUUAUUGACAGGAUUAUUGUCCUUUAUUGCCAAUAAAACUGACGAACGUAAUAUUUUCAUGGCAGUUCGUCAGCAAAAAGCCCGAAUUUUUCCUGCAUCGACCUUACAUAAAACCAAUACCCCAUGGGUAAUGGCAUUUGAAAUGGUCGAAACCUCACAGGUGUAUUUACGUACACUGGCAAAAAUUGAGCCUGAGUGGAUUCUUUUAGCUGCGCCUAACUUAUUAAAACAUCAUUAUUUUGAGCCACAUUGGGCGAAAAAACCGGGUGUGGUCAAUGCUUAUGAUCAGAUUUCAUUAUUUGGGCUGAUCAUUGAACCGAAACGCGCCACCAAUUAUGAAAAAGUGGAUCAGUUGGCUGCGCAUGAAAUUUUCUUAAGAGAUGCACUAACCACAGGAAACUUGGGAACAACGCCACCAUUCUUAAAACACAACCUAUUAAAGCUUGAAGAAGUCGAGCGUGUGGAAGACAAACUGCGUCGUCGUGAUUUGGUUGUCGAUGAAGAAACCAUUUAUCAGUUUUAUGCCGCAAAAGUGCCUACUGAAAUUGCCAGUCGUCGUAGUUUUGAAGAUUGGCGAGCAACAGUAGAACCGCAGAAUCCUCGUUAUCUGUUUGUUGAUGAUGAUGAUUUAUGGAUGAAUGACCGUCCGACCACGCAACAAUUUCCAGAUUAUUUACAUAAUGGACAAUUACGUUUAGCUGCCAGCUAUCGUUUUGAUCCAAGUCAUGAUGAAGAUGGCGCAACAGUAAAAAUUCCGGUACAAGCCUUAGCGCAAGUUGAUGAAAAUAUUUGGUCUUGGGGGAUUCCGGGCUGGCGUUUGGAUUUAAUCGAAGCGUUAUUAAAAGCCUUACCAAAAGAUAAACGUCGUAAUUUGGUGCCGAUCCCAGAUACAGCCAAUAAAUUGAUCAAAGCAGUCGAUGCGCAACAUUUGCAUCAGCAUAUUUUUGAGUUUUUGGCAUUUCAAUUACGUGGUGAACAAAUUACCAGUAAAGAUUUUUCUUUUGAACGUAUUGAUCAGUACUUAAUUCCAUUUAUCAAAGUAAUUGAUGAAAAAGGCCGCGUGAUUGAAAAAGGUCGUGAUCUUGCCGAACUUAAAGCACGUUGUCGUACUGAAACACACAGUCCGGUCAAACAGUUAAAAGGUGAGUUUACUACUUUCCCUGAAAGCUUUGUAUUUGAGGCCUCUCAGAAAGUAACCGGGGUUGUGGUUAAACAAUAUCAGGCACUGGUCCCAAGCAAAGACUUUGCUAAGUUAGAGUUGAAAGAUGACUCUGGUAUUGUGAUUCAGACUUUUAAUGAUCAAAGUGAAGCGAUUAAGCAGCAUCGUGAAGGCGUAAUUCGUUUGAUUCAUAUGCAAUUGGGGGAUUUGAUCCGUCAAUUGAAAAAGCAAAUUUCCAAGCCACUGGCAUUGGCAUAUUCACCUUUGGGUGAUAAAGCACAACUUGAGCAAAUGUUGGUGUACGCAACAUUACAAAUGGCAAUUCAAGAUUUACCCAUUAAUGCUGAAGAAUUUGCGAUAGUCAUGGCUGAUGUGAAAAAGUCAUUUUUAAGUCAUGGUCAGGAAGCAUUAAAGCUGAUCAGUGAAAUUUAUAUUCAAUGGCAGGAAAUACGUCAGCAAUUGCUGAUGUUGGAUCAAGACGUAUUUGCUAAAAAUAUGAAUGAUAUUGAAGAUCAACUGGAUUUAAUGAACUUAUCCAAUUUUGUUUAUUCAAAAUCUUCCGAUAUUUGGCAGGAAUAUCCACAUCGAUUGCCGAAUAAUCUAAAUCGUGAUGAUGCUGCAAUUAAAGAAGUAGAUCCUUGGAUGGAUAAACUGUUUAAGUUUAAGUCGGAUGUUCGUGUUAAAGAAGUCUACUUCAUGGUUGAGGAACUACGUAUUUCAUUAUUUUCUCAACCGAUGAAAACCAAGAUGCCGAUUUCGUCAACCAGAAUACAAAAAGUAUGGGAAAAGCUUGGAAUCGGCGUAAAGCGUCGUUAUGUCAUUGAAAAAUCAGGUGUCCUAGACAUUAAUCGCUUACGUCCCCGUUUAGAAGAACGUUCAGAUGAAGAGCUUUCAAUCCAAGCAGAGUGGGGCGUAAUAGCAGCAAAACAAGCGAUGGAAAAUGCAGGCGUAACUGCAGAAGACAUUGAUGUGGUGAUUUUGGCUUGUUCAAAUUUACAACGUGCUUAUCCUGCUGUUGCAAUUGAAAUUCAAACUGCAUUGGGUAUUCAGGGUUAUGCCUAUGACAUGAAUGUGGCGUGUUCAGCUGCUACAUUUGGUUUAAAACAAGCCUAUGAUGCUGUAAAAACGGGUGCACGUCGUGUGUUAUUGGUUAAUGUGGAAAUUACCUCAGGCCAUACUGACUAUCGUUCACGUGACUGUCACUUUAUUUUUGGAGAUGUUGCAACAGCUUCAAUUAUUGAAGAAACGGACAGCAAAACAGGGUUUGAAAUCGUAGAUACCCAUUUGUUUACCCAAUUCUCCAAUAACAUCCGAAAUAAUUUUGGUUUUUUCAGUCAUGCUGUAUCUCUACAAAUACUUUUCAACAUUAUUUGA